CUCUUUUCUUUCUCCUAGCUUUACCCCGGAGCUUGUAGCAUUUUUUUUUGAAAAGAAGUUUAUACAGAAAGAAUUUUUUCCCUCUAUUCUUUCCCUCUAACUCUCACGGCAUAAAGAACACCAUAUAAGCUACUGCUGUUAUGGAUGACUUUAGACAUCCACUUUCAACGACUCCUUCACGCGGAACGAUAGAAACGUCCAACCCUGUUAUUUCAGGUGACGUCAACUCCAAUUUGCGAGCACCAUCUGAUAGUGUCGCUUCGUCAACAACUCGCUUUGAACAGCAAGGCUUAGGCAAUGCUGGUAUUGACAGCAAAACGUUUCGUGGUCGCUCUAAAUCCUUAGCCUCCACCGGAUUGAGUGGCCUUCCACCACGUCUGCCGGUCGACUAUCAUUUUGGUCCAGCUGAUUCAUACGGACAAGCGCCGUCAACUGGAACCAACGUCCCUUAUAAGGCUCGAUCUUGGGAACCCACGCUAGAAAAAGCGAUCAAAGCCAUUGUUUCUAUAAAAGCAAGCCAUGUCCGUAGUUUCGACACAGAGACAUCGGGUGGCUACACCGCAACUGGUUUCAUUGUAGAUGCUGAACGUGGCAUCAUUGUCACCAAUCGCCACGUCGUUUCACCUGCACCAAUCGUUGCUCAAGCAGUGCUGACGAAUUAUGAAGAAGUAGAGCUCAAACCAGUGUAUCGAGAUCCCGUGCACGAUUUCGGUUUCAUGAAGUUUGAUCCUAGUAAAAUCAAGUUCAUGGAGACACAGGAGAUUGAACUUAGCCCAGAACGAGCUAAAGUGGGCUUAGAUAUCAGAGUUGUUGGUAAUGAUGCAGGAGAGAAGUUGAGCAUUCUUGCUGGAACGCUCGCUCGUUUGGACCGACGUGCUCCUGAAUAUGGUAUUGGCGAAUUCAACGAUUUCAAUACUUUCUAUUUGCAAGCAGCUUCAGGCACCAGCGGUGGAUCCUCAGGUAGUCCCGUUCUUGACAUUGAUGGCCAUGCCGUAGCACUCAAUGCAGGCGGUGCCAGUCGUGCCUCAUCGAGCUAUUAUCUGCCAUUGGACCGUAUCAAGCGCGCCUUGGGCUAUAUCCAACAAGGGAUGCAAGUGCCCCGUGGUACACUCCAAACAGAAUUCGAGUAUUUGCCCUAUAACGAGGUGCGCCGUCUUGGUUUGAAGGCACACAUUGAAGAGAAAGUGCGCACCAAAUUCCCUGACGAAACUGGCAUGCUUGUUGUCCGAUCGCUUUUGCCCAAGGGUCCGGGUGAUGGUGUCUUGGUGCCCGGUGAUAUCAUUAUCGGCUGUAAUGGCCAGAUGGUCCCACACUUUAUCUCGCUGUUUGGCGUCAUAGAUGACUCCGUUGGCAAGCAAAUCAAAUUGACCAUUUCGCGUGGCAAGAAGGUGCAGGAUGUCAUGCUGACGGUUCAAGAUUUGCAUGAAAUCACACCCAAUCGUUUUGUUGAAAUUGGUGGCGGUGUGGUUCAUGAUUUGUCGUAUCAGUUGGCUAAGUCAUAUUCGCAGCCUGUUGCUGGUGUCUAUGUAGCCACGUCCGGACACAUGCUGGCAAGUGCCAGUGCAUGGCGCAAGAGCAUUAUUGUCAGCGUUAAUAAUAUCCCAACACCAAAUCUUGAUGCGUUUAUUGAGGCAAUGAAUACAUUGCCCGAUGGAGCUCGGGUUCCUAUUCGAUUUUAUGCUCUGCACAAAGCUUACAAGGAUAAAGUAAUGAUCAUGCAUGUUGAUCGUCACUGGCACAAGUUCAGACUGGCUGUCAGGAAUGACUUAGACGGCCUUUGGGAAUACACGGAGAUGCCACCGCCACCCUCUGCGCCUCCAUACAAGCCUUCAACUGCCUCUUUGCCGCCACUCGACUCUUCUAUGGAGCUUGCCAAGAAGUUGCUGCCAUCCUUUGUCGCUAUCGACUUUUACCUUCCUUAUCUCGUAGACGGUAUGAAAGCAACACAGUUUUAUGGUACUGGCUUUAUCGUAUCCAAGGACCCACCAUUGAUUGUCUGCGACCGUGAUACUAUUCCGAUCAGCUUGGGCGAUAUCAUGAUCACCUUUGCCAACAGCAUUAUCAUCCCCGGCAAACUCUUGUUUUUGCAUCCAUUUUACAACUUUGUGAUCUUGACUUAUGACCCAGCCUUGAUUGGCGAAACGCCCGUGGAAGCAGUCGAGUUUAGCGACAAGGAAUUAAACCAAGGGGAUGAAGUUUACUUUACUGGCAUGGGCAGCGACCAUAGUGUGAACACGAAAAAAACCAACAUCAGCGGGGUAUCCAAUAUCGGCACCCGUGAAUGUUCGCCACCGCGAUGGCGUGCCAUGAACGUUGAAGGCGUCAAAAUCGAUGACUCUUUUAAUUCGCAAGGUGGACUGUUGACUACGGAGGACGGUAAAGUUCAAGCUCUAUGGGUGAGCUACUCGUCCCAGAACGAAAAAGGCAAAGACAUUUCUUUCAUGUCUGGCUUGCCUACAUCACUGGUCAAACCUGCAAUUGAGCAUUUUUUGAACGGCGACAAGGUUGUGUUCAAGGGCAUGGAUGUGGAGUUUUGGACGAUGCGUAUUGCUGCAGCACGUACGUUGGGCUUGACCGACGAGUGGGUGAAAAAGGUCGAACAGAGCGGCAGUACAAGACACACAUUGCUCUACGUGCUUAGCAUUUUGGAUGAACGUAGUCCAUCCGCCAAGGUAUUGAAUGUGGGCGACGUUGUAUUGAGCAUCAAUGGCCAGCUCGUGACCCGCAUGUCCGACUUGAUGCGUAUCCAUGACAACGACAGCGGUAGCGUCGAUAUGGUGGUUCUUCGCAAUGGCAAGGAAAUGCAAGUUACCGUGCCCAUGAGCCAGUUUAGCGACUAUGAAACGACACGUGUGAUUGGGUGGCAAGGUGCCUUGAUCCAGCGGCCGUACAAGGCUGUACUCGAACAAGUACGCAAUGUGCCUGACGGCGUAUAUGUGUCUUGCACAUUAUAUGGUUCGCCAGCGUCCAACGUGCUCAGACCUGGUGUAUGGAUUGUCGAGGUGAAUGGCCGGCAAGUACGCGAUUUGGACUCGUUCCUCAACGUUGUACACCAACAUGAAUCAGAAAUGAUGCGACGGCGCCGACCUAGUUAUAUUCCACCAGUCAAGCGUUCCGCUGCAGAACAAGCCAAGCAGCUGUCAUUUACUGAUGGAGAUGCACUCAAAGCGGACGAUACUGAUGAAGAUGACGAUAACAACGACGAAGGAUAUAUUCGCAUCAAGACAGUAAGCAGAAACGAGACUGUUCGAGUCGCAGCGCUCAAGUUGGAUGUACAUUAUUGGGACACUUGGCAGCUUGUCCGGGAUGAUAGCAAAGUAUGCGGAUGGGUAUGUGAACCAGCUUAAGAAAAACCAGACAUAGCACACCACAAAUCAGCAAAAAUUACAAUAGAAUUUCUCUUUUUAACUGAUUUAUCAUGUGACAAAAGUGAAAAUACAUAUAAUUA